GCUAUACCGUCUUCAUUGAAGUUUACCUGGCUCACGCCUAAGGAAACUUACAGGACGGGUAAAGGGCGUUUUCUAAGUCAGGCAUCACAGUUUAACGCAGUGUCCUCAAAGUUCCCCCUGACUGGGUCCUGCCACAUUUUGUGUGCAUUCAUGUUUUUUUUUCUAUUUUUAAUUUUGAUUUUGUUUGGGAAUUCGCAGGUUUCAAGUCAUCUAUCAAUGCGGUGUGUUCGCUUCGCGUUCUUCCCUGAAACUCUGCCAUGUGAAGGAGAUUUGGGCUCUUGCCUUGAUGCAGGUAAAGCAUCACACGGCGUGCGCGUCAGUCCUCGAUACCGUUGGCACCUGAACGAUUUUUCCACUCAUUUUCAUGUAAAAUCAGCGGAGUUAGGGACUAUCUUGCCCUUUACAAACAACAUUGGGGCCUUCUGUGGUGUCGUCUUCUUUGAGGGCAGCCUCGGUGGUCUCGCCUAUGUCAACACCUUUGACCUCGUUCUCAAGACAGUACGUCCGACUUCCACUCUUUCUCGCUUCUCAAUGCCAAUGCUAGCGAUCUGCGAAACGCCGCCUUGGCAUAAGGUUCAGGAGUGA